UACCAUAAUGGAGCCAAGCACGAGGUUUGACAACCGGAGAUAUAAAACCCAACCGAAAGCUCCGCGAUGGGCGUCGUUCCUGGCCUAUAAGAUGCCGCCCAACGUUUUAAAGGAAAAGAAAAAGAAAAAAAGAGAGGAUAAAAAAGAAACACCAAUGGAACCGGCGCUGGACCCGAUCCGCCUCCAUCUCCUCCCCGAGAACCGAUCCCAGCCGUCCCAUCCGUGCCCGCCCAACUCCUCCACCCUCACGGACGCCCCGGCCAAGCGCCGCCGAUCCGACGGCUCCGAUUCUGCUGACGGGCGUAGCGUCGACGCUCUCUCGUCCGGUAGACCGUUAAAAGAACCCGUUAUAUCGGACGGCGGGUCGAGCCCCCGUCUGCCGCUGGACGAGAACGACUCCGACGACAUGGUGCUGUACGGGAUCUUGAGGGAGACGCUGGAGCCGCCGGUGGUUGGGGAAAGGAAGAGGAGGCACUACCGCGGGGUGAGGGAGAGGCCGUGGGGGAAGUUCGCGGCGGAGAUCCGGGACUCGGCGCGCCGCGGCGCCAGGGUCUGGCUCGGGACCUUCGAGACGGCCGAGGAGGCGGCGCUGGCGUACGAUCGAGCAGCUUACAAGAUGCGCGGCUCGCGCGCUCUUCUCAAUUUCCCGCUGGCCAGGGGAGCCGAGAGCAGCAGCGACGGCUCGAAGCCGGCUUUGCCCGGCUGACUGUUACCGCAACGAAGCUGGUGAAUUAAGGGCUCCUUGUCUCUGCGUGGGAGAAAGUAGGGACCAAGGAGAGGAGAAACAAAAAUUGAGAGAAAGAGGAAAAAGAAAAAUAAAACGUCUGUGUUAAUGUGAGAGGAAGCACAAGCAUAUGGGUCUCUCCCAAGUAGUAGACUACCACUAGUAGGUGGAUCGUGCGCGUAUGCAUGUGUGUGUAUAUAUAAUGUUUGCCAG